UUACAAAUAUAUCUUUGCGAAUUAUUCACAACAAUCACAUUGAGCUUGACAAUCUGUUUUGUAUUAGAAGGUUACUAAACAGAAUUUCCGAUGAAUCAUCCGCCUCAAUUCAUCGUUUGCAAUUGAAAUAUCUAGAUGGAAAACUGUUUGUUUCGAUUGUAGUUUGACAAAAUCGGUGUGAUUUAUUAUUUAUCGAACACGUAUACCAAAAAGGUUUUAAGAAAAAUGAGCAAACAUUUUGUGAAUUUGUAGAAUCAAACUAUUUUGACAAACGAUUUUUGAGUAAAAUAAACGAAGAAGAAGAAAAAACAGGAAAAAGUUUUCCGGACAGUGAAAUAAAGAAACAAAAAUAAAACUAUAAUCGAAGUGAAUAUUGGAAAUGAUAAGACCAAUGACGCCACCAGCUGCGUCUCAACCAAAUAACACAACAACAUUCGGAAAAAUUCGUUUGUUGUUGUGGAAGAAUUGGCUUCUUCAAAAACGUCAUAAAAUCCAUACAAUUGUUGAUGUAUUUUUGCCAGUGCUAUUUUUCGUCUUUUUUGCAUUUUUACAAGCAAAAACUGGCAAUACAUCACAUCCUAAAGUCACUUAUCGAAGUUUGAGCAUCGAUUCACUUGAGCCCCUAUUCGAAUUCGAAAGAAUUAUUUUCAGCGGCUUUUCAUUGUAUCCUCCGAUUGAGAAGAAGCAGUUAAUUUUUACACCAAAUAAUGCACACUUCACCAAAUUAUUGACCAUUGUUUCGAAAAAAUUACAACUUGACGAACCCAGAGGUGUUAGCAACAGUGAUGAAUUGGAAACGGAUCUAGUGAAAUAUGGUUUGAUAGCCGGAAUCGUAUUUCAUCAUUCAAAUAGUUCCGAUGUUAUACCAAAAAGUUUAUCAUAUUCGUUACGUUUUCCGAGCGAAUUACGAAUGAAUGACGUGCCAAGUCACUUUCAACCGGAUGUGAUAAAUUGGAACACAAACCGUCUAUUCCCGGAACAACCAUAUUCGCCAUAUUAUCCUUAUGCAGACGAUGGUAAAUUGCCCUCUUAUUACAAAGAAGGAUUUUUGGCCAUUCAAAAUGCAAUCGCACAAGCAUUUCUUCAACUAAAUAAUGUGAAUAAAACGAUGCCAGAUAUUCUUUUAAAUCGAUUUCCAUUUCCGUCGUACACGGAAAAUAUGAUUGCCACACAAUUUUCCAUUCUGUUGCCAUUAUUUUUUUUGCUUAGUUUGAAUUAUACAUUCAUGAACACGAUUCGAUUUAUUUCGGUGGAAAAAGAGAAGCAAUUAAAAGAGGCAAUGAAAAUAAUGGGUUUGGCCGGUUGGAUGCAUUAUUUAAGUUGGUUCAUUCGUACGAUGAUAAUGUUGUCAAUAUCAAUGAUUUUGAUAACAAUUCUAUUGACGACAUCAACAGUUGGAAUCAAAUGGAUGGCACCCGUUUUUCCAAAUUCCAGUUUUCUAUGUUUAAUCAUCCUUUUCACUGGUUAUGGCAUUUGUUUGACAACAUUUGGUUUUGUGAUUUGUGCCAUUUUCACGCAAUCAAAAAGUGCAAUGACUGGUUCAACGAUUGUUUGGUAUCUAACAUCAGCACCAUUUUUUAUAUUAAACAGUAAAUACGAUGUAUUACCCGACUGGUUGCGAUUACUUUCUUGUAUCUGUCCAAAUACAGCAAUGUCAUAUGGAUUUAAAAUCAUAAGUCAUCUCGAACAAAUGGAUUUGGGUCUUAAUUGGCAAACCGUAUUUCAAACGACAUCCAUCUAUGAUAAUUUAUCGGUGGCGAAAAUUUUUGGCAUUUUUAUGCUAACAUCAAUUGCAUUAUUUUUUAUUGCAUUAUAUCUUGAAAAUGUGCUACCUGGCGGUUAUGGCGUAUCAAAACCAUGGUAUUUUUUAUGUACGAAAAACUUUUGGCAAAGCUUAAAUAAUUAUCAACAAUUUGAUAAUCAACAUAACGAUUAUGAAUCAUACGAGUUUCCAUAUUCAAAUUCAAAUAAAUCGAAUUUUGAAAGUGAACCGAUUAACAAAGCGGUCGGCAUUGAAAUUCGUAAUUUAACGAAACAAUUUAAAAGUGAUAAAGCGGCUGUUGGUAAUUUAUCAAUGAAUAUUUACAAUAAUCAAAUUACUUGCUUGUUGGGACAAAAUGGUGCCGGAAAGACAACAACCAUUUCCUUGUUAACCGGAAUGAUGAAACCAACAUCAGGAUCAGCCGUUAUAAAUGGCUUUGACAUUCGAACAAAUAUGGAUGUUGCACGAAAUUCAAUGGGAUUUUGUCCACAGCAUAAUAUCUUAUUUGAUGAGCUUACGGUUCGUGAACAUAUUCUAUUCUAUUGUCGUUUGAAGGGAUUGAGCAAUAUGGCCGCCGAAGAUGAGAUAAAAAAAUAUUGUGAUAUGCUUGAACUAACGAAUAAAAUGGAUACACUAUCAACGGCAUUGUCGGGUGGCAUGAAACGAAAAUUAUCGGUUGUGAUUGCUCUUUGCGGUGGAUCGAAAGUCGUUUUUCUUGAUGAACCUACUUCUGGCAUGGAUCCAGGCGCACGUCGACAACUUUGGGACAUCUUGUUAGCGGAAAAGAAAGAUCGAACCAUUUUAUUGACAACACAUUUUAUGGAUGAGGCUGACGUGCUUAGUGACCGAAUUGCCAUAUUAGCGAAUGGAGAGCUGAAGUGUGCGGGCUCAACAUUCUUUUUAAAAAAACGUUUCGGCACUGGUUAUCAUUUGAUUUGUGCAAAAAAUGAUGGUUGUGAUUCGAAAGCGGUGACCGAAUUGUUACAAGCACAUAUUGUCGAAAUUCGUCUAGAACAUGAAAACGAUACGGAAAUAUCCUAUAUAUUGCCGGAAGAGAAAAACGAUUUAUUUACAGAGAUUUUUAAAGAUUUAGAGCUAAAUGAAUCACGAUUGAAUUUACGGAGUUUCGGCGUUUCAUUAACAACAUUGGAAGAGAUAUUCUUGACACUUGGUAAAUCGGAUAAAAUCAAUGGAACACAUAGUCCUGAAUCAAAUGGUUCAAUAAGUGCCAUCAGUGAUACACGAAUCACAUUGAACGAUAACCAUUAUUUAUUGCAUGGUGUUGCCUUGUGGCGGAAUCAAGCGAUCGCAAUGUUUAGAAAACGUUUUCUUUGCUGGAUCCGUGCAUGGCAUACAUUUUUGUAUUACAAUUUAUUUGUCAUCUUUGUGUUAUCGACGGUUAUAUUCCAGUUUGAAUUCCUAUUUUCAAACUCAAAUAAAUUACCAGACCUUGAAAUUAGCUUUGAUAAAUACAAAUCACCAUAUGCCAUUGUGCCAUUUAAUGCAUCCUCCGAAUUAAAUGACAACAUUACAACACAGUAUAAAAAAUACGUUGAACAUUCGGCCAAAUAUUUAUCCGUUAAUAAUGUUGAUAUGCAAGAUGGUCUCUUGGAAUUAGCCAAUCAAUCAAUAAAACCAUUCAUGUUUCAAUACUUAACGGCCAUCAGUUUCAAUAAAAAUGGUUCAAUUGUAGCAUGGUUCAACGGACAAGCAUUGCAUUCGGCUGCAUUAGCUGUAAAUGUGGUGCACAAUGCACUUGUAAAAUUAUUUUUAACCGAAGAUCAUGAAAUUAAUUUACAAAAUGAUCCACUCAAAUUUCUGCCCAGAAACGAUACAAUACCCGAUAUUUUACCUGAUGUUGAUACAUUCGGGUAUUUCUUUUCGGCCGCUAUUGGCAUUGUAAUGUCAGUAUUAUCCGCAUCGUAUAUUACUUUUUACAUUAAGGAAAAAGAACAUAAUGCCAAGUUUAUGCAGUACACCAGCGGUGCAUAUCUAUCAAUUUUCUGGGGUGCAUCGAUUCUGUGGGAUUUGCUCACCAAUACGAUAACCAUUUGUAUAAUUAUAAUAAUGUUAAUAUUGGGCCAACAUGAGCAUUGGAAGAGUCCAAGCGAAUUGGCAAUUGUGUUUCUAAUUCUAUUUGUGUACAAAUUUGCAAUGAUUCCGAUCAUAUGCCUUGCAUCGUUGAUAUUCACGAAACCAACAACCGGCAUGAAUGUGAUUUCAUUUGGAAAUAUUAUUGCAUUGACUGUAUUCUCAAUAGAGACCGGGCUACAUUUCAUGAAUAAAUUUUUUUAUUAUAUCUUGUGGGCUUAUCCGCUCAAUUCGAUGGCCGAUGGAAUUAUUAAAUUGCCAAAUCUUCAUACAUCCCAAUUGAAUUGUGAGUCAGCGUGCAAACUAAAAUUCAAUACAACUACGUGUGAUUGGAGCAAAUGGUGUGGUGAAGUGGCACCAAAAUGUUGUUCUGAUCGAAUUUUUUCAUGGAGUGAUGCUGGUAUUGGCAAAAAUUUAGUGCUUAUGAUUUGCACUGGUCUUGGUGCAUAUGUCAUUCUGCUUCUUAUUGAAAGUGGUGCAUUCAAAUUUAUCAGAGCGUUAAUAUUGCGUACGGUGCCUCGUACUUAUCCAGAAAAUGAUCAAAGCAAUCUUGACGACGAUGUACGGGUAGAAAAAGAGCGCAUCGACAAAUUGGACGAGCGUGAAUUGGCAUCGGAAACGAUGGUUAUGCAAAAUGUUUCAAAAUUUUAUGGCCAAUUCUGUGCUGUUAACCAAAUUUCAGUGGCAAUCAAAAGAGGCGAAUGUUUCGGAUUGCUUGGUAAAAAUGGUGCUGGAAAAUCGUCAAUAUUUAAGAUGUUGACUGGUGAAACAAUGAUUACGAAUGGACGAAUUUAUACGCAAGGCUACAAUCAACAAAGCCAACUAUCAGAUAUUUAUCAAAUUAUCGGCUACUGUCCACAGUUCGAUGCAUUACUGAAUGGUUUGACGUGUCGUGAAUCAUUGGAAAUAUUUGCUCUGUUGCGUGGUAUUCCCCCUCAAGAUGUACGAAAUUAUAUUGAAAAUUGUGCCCGAAGUUUGGACUUUAUUCAACACAUCGAUAAAAAAGUGAAACAAUUAAGCGGCGGAAAUAAGCGAAAAUUGAGCACAAGUCUUGCAAUCAUCGGAAACUUAAGCGUGAUAUUUCUUGAUGAGCCUACAACAGGUAUGGAUCCGGCUACAAAACGUAACCUCUGGAAUGUCGUAAUACAAUCACGCGAAGCGGGCAAGAGCAUUCUUUUGACCUCACACAGUAUGGAAGAAUGUGAAGCACUUUGUACUCGAAUGACGGUGCUUGUCAAUGGAUUAUGCAAAUGUCUUGGUUCAUCGCAACAUCUAAAAAAUAAAUUCACCAAAGGAUUUGAAUUGAAAAUUAAAGUCAAAGACGAUGAAAGACUGCCCAUGGAUAUUAUUGAAGUAAAGAACUUUGUACUGCAAACAUUCAGCGGAGCAAUUUUCCGAGAAGAGUACCAGGGGAUUUUGACAUAUUCUGUGCAAGGCGAUAAUAUAAAGUGGUCAUAUGUAUUCAGUACGAUGGAAACGGCAAAGAAAACAUUAAAGAUAGAAGACUAUUCGGUUAGUCAAACGAGUCUGGAACAAGUGGUUUUGGCACUGGUCAAAGAUCAAGAAAAUCGCCGAGAUCAAGAAUAAGAAAUAGCAGUGACAGCCAAAUUCCGAAUAUAAGUGUAUCGUUACUGUAUCUUUACACUGAGUGAAAUCUCGAUAUUUUGUUCAAUUUAACGAGCUAUUUAACUCUUAUUUUUAUAAAUGUUUGAUAUAAUUACCAUUGAUUACAGCAUAAAAUCAAAUUAUUCGAGGGGAUAAACACCAAUUACCCAUAUAAAUCAUUUGCGGAGUAAUUUGGACGAUGGCGGGACUGUGCGGAGUUUGGCGGAGAUGACAUACAAACUCUGUGUGUGCGAGGGUAACAGCACUUCUAUAUGUAUCAUUCUUACGCAGAUGAUUAGUAACUUAGCUGUGUGAACGGCUACUAAGAUGUUCGUUUGGACAAAAUAAAUCUAUGAAUAGCAAAGAAUGCUGUUGUACUCGUAUACACAGCAUUUGCAUACUAUCUCCGCCGAACUCCGCACAGUCCCGCCAUCGACAAAAUUACUCCGCAAAUGAGAUAUAUGGGUAUAAAACUUAAAAUCAUGUGAAUUGGAUAAAUUAUCCAAAAAGCUUCGUGAUCAUUCAACAAUUUCUAUUUUUGAAUCAACAAAAAUAAUCUGGAAAUGAAUGGGAAUAACAAAAAAAAAAAAAAAAUAUCCCCUCUAAAUCAGCCUUAAAAACAUGAAUUUCAUAUAUUUCUUUUUAAAUUACACUCUUCUUUUAAAAGUGAAGUAUAUUUUGCUAUCAUUUUAGGGAAUUAAACGAAAGCCGGAACAUUCUUUUUGGAAAAAAAUUCGUUGAGAGAAACGUUUUUUUUUUUUCGAAAAAAAUGCUCCGGAAUUUGAAUCAAGAUGAGUCAUUUGAGACAAUCUGUGAACGUAACUUUCACCCAAAACUUUCAGACUUACCGUAACUUCUGUUAUACAUAUUCAUUUGUUUGUUACGUAUUUGUUAUACAUUCUUUUAAAAAAAGUCGUUUGUUUUAAAUUUUUGCUUUGCAAUACUUCCUUCCUUUAACACUACCAACCAAACUCAGCAUUUAAACAUUCUUACAUUUAAUUCAUUCCUCUUCUCCGUUCUUUACUAUCUGUUUAAGUGCACAAAGGAAUCAAUAGUUUGCCAUUUUAGAGUUAAUUAUACAUGCAUUUUGUUACCAUAUUGAAAUACAGAUCAACUUUGAUUUCAACGCAGUGCAGAACUGAUCUCUAAAAGAGCUGCCAAACAAAUGAACGAAAUAUGCAUACUCUUUAAAAUGGACAUAGAUCGUUCAUAAUUCAGCACAUUUUACACUGAUAUUUCUUAUACUUUAAGCUAAUUUGUUUAUGUUUACCAAAAAAAAACAAAAAUAAAGUAUUGAUAUUUAGCACUACAAUUUUGUGACCAAAAAAUAUAAUAGUUGUAACUAACAAAAUACGUGUCCAGUGUCUGUGAUCACCAAACGCAUAAUUUCAUAUAUCAUCAAUAAUAAUUCAUUAAUUUUGACAAAGCUUCAGUUUUGUGAACAGAUAGUAAAAGUUGCGUGAGCGCAUAAAAAAGAAUAUGUCUUCAUUGAAUAUUGUGCACAAGAGAGGCUUUUUUGUCUGUUUAAGAUUGAAUAAAAGUAAUUAAUUGUAUAAAAAGAA